CUGUCCCCGUUAGUUUGUCUCUGCCGGUCAUCCAGGGUCUGGGAGCUGGUCAGCACAAAUGCAUUUUCAAUCUUUGGCUCCCGAGCGGGGGGCAGAGCUCUGCGGGGCGCUGCCGGGGACGAGGGCGCCCGCUAUGGCCUCAGCAAAGCGGAGUUCAUGGAGAAGGUGCAGCAGAGCAACGAGGCCUGUCAGCGGGGGGACUUCCAGGCCGCCGUCCACCUGUACGGCGACGCGCUGCAGGCCGACCCGCAGAACUGCAUCCUGUUCAGCAACCGCUCAGCAGCUCUCCUCAAACUGGGCCAGCACCAGGCGGCCCUGGAGGAUGCGGAAAAAGCCUGUGAGCUUAAUCCCAAGUGGCCCAAGGCCAUGAGCACUAACCUGUGA